CAGAUAUUUAUUUUGAUAUUAUUUAAGUAAUUCAGAAAAAGAUAAUUCCUACUCAUAAAAUGAAUUAUAAAAAUAUAAUUCUAUUAUUAGGUUUAUGUAUCUGCUUAAAUUUAAGUACUGCUGAUCCUCAGUGCUUAGAUUAAAAUAAUCAACCUGUUGAUUGGUUUAUAGCUCUUAAAUUUCCAAACGGAACUAAUUAUGCUUACUGCGAUUCUAAUGACUGCUCUAAAUUAGCAGUUCAAACUAAAAAAUUAGAUGAUUUAUCUGCUUCUCCUUUGUUCAACACUUUGAAAUAAGUAUAAGAUAUUACUUCUGACGAAUACGCCACUGUAUUCUGGAAUGACGAACCACCCACUUUUGAUGUAUCAACAACUUAUGCUCAUGCAAAAGGAUUCAUUGGAACUGGAAAAGAAAAUGGAUUCCUUGUUGUUCACAGCACACCUAAAUUCCCACUUAUUAAAAAUGGCAAAAUACAGUUAUCAAUAAAAUCUAAUUAGACUAUUUAUGGUUAACAUUACUUCUGUAUCUCUACUCAGUCUUACAGCCUCGACUAAAUUGCUGCUGCAUAUAAUGUUGAUUGGCCUUAUGUUUAUGAUGGUCAUGUUCCACCCAGCUUUUCAGAUUUUCCAUUCUUAUAAAGAAUGCUAAAUAACUAUAGAGACUUUACUACCUUUAAUGCUGUAAGUUUUAUAACUCUCGAAGGUGUCUCAAUGACUAAAUUUGCUAAAUCUGGAAAAUGGUUAGUCCCUUUUUAUGAUAACUUGCCAGCUGCUUUAUUAGAAGUAGGCUUAGUUGUUGAAAGUUGGAGAUUUGAUGAAGGAUCAGACUGCGACUAAGAAUUUGUAGUAACUAACAAUUUAAUGGUAUCGAUUCCAGGUGCAGUGACUUUCAAAGAAACAGUAGAUCACUCAAAGUAUGCAAUUUCUUUGGAUGAUGAUAAACCAUAUGUCUGCUUAGGUGAUAUUAAUAGAGCUAAAACUUAAUGGAAAAGAGGAGGAGGAACUGUUUGCUUCUCUAACUAUGAUGUUCAUAGAAAUUUUAAGUAGAUAAUGAGCUCUCAAUAAACUUGCCCUAUUAAGUUUCAUGAUUAUUCAUAAAAUUGAAUUAAAUAUAAAAUUUAUAUAAGCAUAUUAAAUAAAUUUUUACAGUAAAAUAAAUAUUUAUUUAUAGAUUUUAUAUAUGAAAAAUGUUUUAUUUUAAGAAUAAAUAAUGAGUAAAUUCAACUU